CACGAUUUCAUCAAACUCGACCAUCGCUGACAAAUCAAAAACCCUAGCUCUAUAUAUAAUAGUUGCUUCGUGCGAGAACUUUACCUAGACUAGAGCAAACUCAGGCACUAGCCGUCGACGCCAAUCUACUCAACUAGCUUCUCCAAUCAUAAAAAUGAAGGUCGUCGCCGCAUAUUUGCUUGCUGUUUUGGGAGGCAACACGAGCCCAUCAACUAGUGAUUUGAAGAAUAUUCUCGGAUCAGUUGGAGCUGAUGCUGAUGACGACAGGAUAGAGUUGCUAUUGUCUGAAGUCAAGGGCAAGGAUAUCACUGAGCUAAUUGCCAGCGGAAGGGAGAAGUUGGCAUCAGUGCCUUCUGGUGGUGGUGUUGCCGUUGCUGCCUCAACAGGUGCUGUGGGAGGUGGUGCUGCUGCAGCUCCUGCUGCUGAGGCAAAGAAAGAAGAGAAGGUGGAAGAGAAAGAAGAGUCCGAUGAUGAUAUGGGUUUCAGCCUCUUUGACUAAGAUCAGAAUAUUACUAUUUUCUGUAUGAAGGCUUUUUAUCUUUGGUCAUUGGUGCUUUUAUUUAAAUAUUUUAAGUUUUUGGUUUGUAGUUGGAUAUGGUUUUGCUAUUUUAGAGUUUGUUGGAACUCUUGGAAAUUUUGUUUAGCUAAUGAAUUGAGGUCAAACAUUCCAUUUA